AUGAAGAAUUUGAUUGCAAUUCUGUUUCUUUUAGUCUUAUAUUUUGUGGCCAUCAGUGACGCCAUAUUUUUUAACAAAAAAGAUGACGACCACAAACAUGUUAUCUAUAUUGAAAAAGAUGAGUACCAUCCGGUCCACAUCUACAAAACCUAUCCGGUCAAAGUGCCAGUCAAAGUGCCAUACUAUGUGAAACCCAUCAUCAAGACAGUCAAAGUGCCCAAACCUUACCCGGUUUACGUUGAGAAGAAGGUACCGGUGCCCUAUCCGGUCAAAGUACCCGUUUAUAUCAAAGAAGAGAAGGGAUACGAUAGUUACGGUGGAGGCUAUGGUGGCAGCAGUUAUGGCGGAAGCAGUUAUGGCGGCAAUGACUACGGCUCGACCAUCACUCAUGACUAUGGUAUAGAUGACGGAGGUUAUGGAGGUGGAUAUGGAGGUGGAUAUGGCGGUGGAUAUGGUGGCGGCGAUGAUGGCGGCUAUGGAGGAGGACAUGGAGGAGGAUAUGGUGAAGGUUAUAAAAAAUAA